AUGAAUCCGGACCACGUAACCCCACCCGCCGGACCAAGCACCGGCGGCAGCAACCCCUCUUCCACUUCCAACUCUUCCGCCCCCGGCCCCGGACCUUCGUCCGCCUACCAUUCGGCAUCAGCAUCAGCAGCAGCCGCCGCAAAACGCUCCCGCGUCCUCCUCUCCUGUGGCCCCUGCCGCGCGUCCAAGCUGAAAUGCGACCGCUCCGAGCCGUGCGGCCAGUGUCUGAAGAAGUCCCGCCCGGAAGGCUGCGUCUACGCGCCGAAACCCGAGAAGCAGAAGCCCGCCAAGGGCAUGGCGGCGCGGCUCAAGAGGCUGGAGGGUAUGGUGAGGACGAUGAUGGAUGAGGGAGGAGGUGUCGCGGGAGCGGGACCAGGAGGAGGAGGACCGCAGACUACUGGUGCUGCUGUCGACGCCGUGCAGGAGGAGGAGAAGGGCAUCGCGCAGCCUGGGGGUCAGCUUGUUCAGGGGGGUAGGGCGAGCACGUAUGUUGGGGCUACGCAUUUCAUGGCUAUUCUUGAGGAUAUUGAGGAUAUGAAGAGCUACUUUGAGGAGCCGGAGACCGACUACGACGAGAGCCCUGAACCGUCAGACGAGAUCGAGGCCCCUGAUCUCAUGCUCUUCUCGAGGAACAUGCCUCGCAGCAGAGAGGACCUGUUGAAGCUGCUCCCUGAGCAAAAGAUUGUCGACAGACUCAUCAUGAGGUACUUUUCCUCCCGUAGUCCAUCACAGCGUAAGACACCACGGCUCGGCUCUCGCGAUCUUCACCCCAUGGCUUCGUAUUACGCCCGCUUCUGGACCGACCCGUCCAGCACCGACCUCCACUGGCUCGCCCUCCUCUUCAUGGUCAUGUCCCUCGGCGUCUUCUACUCGACCUUCAUGGCACCCCACGAGCUCUCGGUCGACUCCCCGCAGCCGCCCAUGGACCGCUUCAAGCUCUUUCGCGCCGCCGCCGCCUGCUGCCUCGUCUGGGGCAGGUACACCCACCCGACCAUCGCCACCAUCCCGCCCUUCAUCCUCUACGUCGAGGCCGAGUUCAUCAUCUCCCGCGCCGCCCAGAUGAACUGCUACGUCCUCUCCUCCGUCUGCCUCCGCCUCCUCCUCAAGAUGGGCCUCCACCGCGACCCGGACCGCCUCCUCGCCGCGGGAACCGUCAUCUCCCCCUACGAGGGCGAGAUGCGCCGCCGCAUGUGGAACAUGGCCGUCCAGCUCGACCUCCUCGUCUCCUUCCACAUGGGCCUCCCCAGCAUGCUCAACGGCAUCGACGCCGACUGCAGCCUCCCGCGCAACCUCAUCGACGAGGACUUUGACGAGGACACCCUAGUGCUCCCGCCGGCCCGACCCGCGACGGACUACACCGAGAUGACCUACCCCAUCAACAAGUCCGCCAUGAUGCUCGUCUUCGGCCAGGUCGCGCGGCAGUCCCACCUUCUCACCCCGCCGCCCUACGCCGAGGUAAUGCGCCUCGACGACCUCCUCAACACCUCGUGGCGCGCCGUGCCGCAGUUCAUGAUGGUCAAACCCCUACAGGAGUGCGUCACCACCCCGCCCAUGCAAAUCAUCCAGCGCUUCGGCCUCGCCUCGCUCUACAACAAGAGCCGCUGCGUCCUCCACCGCCGCUUCCUCCUCGACCCCGCGCCGCGCCGCGAGCACGACUACUCCCGCCGGCAGUGCCUCGAGGGCGCCGUCGUCCUCCUCGACUUCCAAAACACGAUAUGGCACGCCUGCCAGCCGGGCAACAUGCUCAGCCAGAACGGCUGGUUCGUCUCCUCGCUCGCCGUGCACGACUUCCUCCUGGCCGCCACCAUCCUAUACCUCGCCAUCGGACACGAACCGUUCUGGGGUGGCGUGGACGGCAAGACCGGCGCGGCGACGACGACGACGACUUCGCCCGGGUGGAUGGCGGAGAUGAAUCCCCCGCCGACGAGGGCGUACCUCCUGCACCUCCUGCAGAGGUCGUAUUCCGUCUGGAUCGCCAUCGCCGGCGGCGUGCCCGAGGUGAGGAAGACGGCGGGUAUCCUGGAAACGAUGCUGAACAAGCUGGGGUCGCCGCCGAACUCUCCGCCAGAGAACGGGGGCGCAAAGGUGUCGUCGGCAUCGGGGCUUCGCCAGAGUGACGGGCCGGAAUCGGCUGCUCGAUCCGCCCAAGACGACCAACAGCUCCUCGACGGUCUUUCAAUCAGUGGUACGGCCGUGAAGAUAGCCCCUUUUUGUGAUAUACCUGCCAACGAUCUGACAGACUCGACAUCGUUCCCUACGACUACGACGAAUCGCUUCCAGCCCUUUGAGUUUGUCACGUCGGGCCUCGGGCCAAGUGAACCUGGGCUCGACCGUGGAUGGGCGGCGGUUGGCAAUGAAGAGAUGGACUGGCGAUACUUUGACAACAUUAUGGCUCAGCCUCACAAUGACCCAGUCGGUCUCGAGUCACUGGACGCGUCCCAGCCGUGGUUUGAACGGACACUGGGACCGGACGAUUUUGAUUUCUCUACGUCUGGUGCAUGGGAUCCAAGCUUGGGAUAA